AUGGCUAGCCCUCUGCCUUCUUCCUCCCGUCUUUUCUGCUCAGUGUGCUGUAUGUAUAGCGAGCACCCUGGUUCCUUCGUCGAGGACAGUAGUAGCUGUAGGAAGUGUAGCUUAGUCUCAGGGUUGGAGACCAGGGUUCCUGAGCUAGAAGCACGGCUCUGCACUCUAGAGACGAAAGCUAGUCCUAGCUAUAGCCAGGUAGUGGCAGGGCCCGCAGGUCGUGCUUGCAGUAGUAGGAUUGCUAGCGCAGUUAGCCCCCCAGCGAGCCCCGUGCAGCCGGGGGAAAUUAAGGAGGGAUUUGUGACUGUACGGGGGAAGCGCAGUGGUAAACGCACAACCUUAGUGCACCAGCAGCUUCACGUCAGCAAUAGGUUUGCCCCCCUCAGCGACACACCGGCUGAACCAGACACUCUCGUAAUUGGAAGCUCCAUAGUUAGAGACGUGAAGCACCCGGCGGUGUCUGUCAGGUGUUACCCAGGGGCCAGAGUCGGUGACAUCGAAGGAAACCUCAGGCUCUUAAAGCAGAGUAGGAAGAGGUUCCGCCGUAUCGUGAUUCACGCAGGCGGUAACGACGCCCGGCGGAGACAGUCUGAGGUGCUUAAAUUAAACGUAGCCUCGGUGUGUGAACUUGCUAAGUCGAUGGCGGACACUGUAGUUUUCUCUGGUCCUCUGCCUAAUUUGGUCAAUGAUGAGAUGUACUCUAGAUUCUCAUCAUUUAACCGCUGGUUGUCUAGAUGGUGCCCAGAAAACGAUAUAGUCUUUGUUGAUAACUGGCACGCGUUUUGGGGCAAGCCCGGGCUCAUGCGCCGAGACGGCAUUCAUCCGACUUGGGACGGUGCUGCUCUCUUAACUCGAAAUUUGGCCGCCAAACUAAGUCUCCCAAAGUGACACUUCAGAGUGGGGGCCCGGGCGCAGUGUUGUAGUGUAAAACACAACACUGUUUGUAGUGACCACUCGCCUCUUUCCGAGCUGUCACAAAUCCGAAA